CCGACAAACUGACAAACCCGCAGGCUGUCCCCAUUUGUCCCUCAGUCCUGGCCUGUGGGAGGAGGGGACACAAGCUGGCCCAGGGUCCCCCUGCGCUCCUUUGGGCUGGGCCUCCGCCGGGCCAACAUGCAGGGGCAGAUCAGGACCAAGCUGUCGGCUUUCUUCUUUGAAUAUGACACCCCCCGCAUGGUGCUGGUGCGUAACAAGAAGGUGGGGGUCAUCUUCCGCCUCAUCCAGCUGGUGGUCCUCAUCUACGUCAUAGGGUGGGUCUUUCUCUUCGAGAAGGGCUACCAGACGGCUGACGGUCUCAUCAGCUCGGUGUCUGUGAAACUCAAGGGCCUGGCAGUGACCAAUAUCUCUGGCCUGGGCUUACAGGUGUGGGAUGUCGCAGAUUACAUGUUCCCAGCACAGGGGGACAGCUCUUUCGUGGUGAUAACCAACCUCAUUGUGACGCCCAGGCAGGUUCAAGGGAGCUGUGCUGAUAAUCCAGAUGGAGGGAUUUGUCAGGAUGAUAGCAGUUGCCCAGCAGGAAAGCCCAAACGAAAGGGCCACGGCAUCCGGACUGGCAAAUGUGUGGAUUUUAACAGCACAAUCAAGACCUGUGAAAUCCUUGGAUGGUGCCCGGUGGAAGUGGACGAUCACAUUCCAAACCCAGCCCUACUGAGGGAGGCAGAAACUUUCACCCUCUUCAUUAAGAACAGCAUCAGCUUUCCCCGGUUCAAAGUAAACAGAAGGAACCUGGUGGAAACAGUAGACAAGCAAUACAUGAGGAGCUGUGUGUACCACAAGAACAGCGACCCCCUGUGCCCCAUCUUCGAGCUGGGCUCCAUCGUGAGGUAUUCGGGCCAGAAUUUCAGCACCUUGGCUGUGAAGGGAGGAGUGGUCGGCGUCACUAUUGACUGGAACUGCGACCUGGACUGGGCGGUGCGGCACUGCAAGCCUGUCUACGCGUUCCACAGCCUGUACAAUGAGGAGAACAACCUAUCCCCGGGCUUUAACUUCAGGUUUGCCCGCUAUUACAUGGAGAAUGGGACCCACUACCGACAUCUGUUCAAGGUGUUUGGCAUCCGCUUUGACAUCCUGGUGGAUGGCCAGGCGGGCAAAUUCGACAUCAUCCCCACAAUGACGACCAUUGGGUCCGGGAUUGGAAUCUUUGGCGUGGCCACUGUGCUCUGCGACCUGCUGCUGCUGCACAUCCUGCCCAAACGCCAUUACUACCAGCAGAAGAAAUUCAAGUACGCCGAGGCAGACACGGAACAGAAGCCUACAAAGAAAAAUGAAGAUACCUCCGACUCCACCAUGGUCCUCCAGGAGAGCCUGAAGAAGCCUUGAAGGGUGGAAGGAACUCCCUUCUCCUUCCAUCCCCUGAUCCAGCCUUCUCAGUCCUGCCAGAAUAUCUGUAUUCCACCAUCUGCUGACUUUAGCCCUGCUCUGUAAUGGGGCUGAGAAAGACUCUGUUCUCUGUCUUCUUUCACAUGGGAGAUGAACAUGCCAGCUGGGCCCUAGGCACCACAUACACGCACACUCCUACUGUUACCACAAUGGACACUCACCUAGACCCCCUCCCUCACACAGCCCAGGAUUCACAAGGAUUCACCUGUGCCCACCCCGUACACACACACACACACACACACACACACACACACACACACACACACACACUCUUAUAUUAUGCAUGCUCUUGCCCAAGCUCACCCACAAAUCAUGCAUGCACAGAGAUACCCAUGCAUACCUAGCCCCCCAUAUCCACGCAUAUGUGUGCUGGAGUGUCUAUGAAGACACACAUCCCCUUGCCCCCAACUCUGCAUCCCCUCUGGGGCAGAAGCUAGGUCCCAUUCCAAGGCUGCUCUGUCCUAAAUCAUUCAUUGAGCUGUUCCCUCACCCCCCCUGAGCUGUGCCCAGCUGUGUGGCUGACUCCUUUUGAAAACCUGAAAAGCUCAGAAGAGAUGCCCUUCCCUACCUUCCCAGAGGCCUGGGCAUCUAGAUGGACAGAGCUGUGGCCUUGGAAUGGGUGUAGAGAGGGUGCCAGGCAAAGGCAGCCCCUGGGCUCUGGCUGGCCCCAGGCCCAUGCCCUGGCUAGUGAGGCUCCAGGGGUAGGAGGGGGAAGGGCUGUUCUGAGAUGGAUUAUGGGAUUGUUCUAAUAAACAACCUCUAGUUUU